AUUUUUCACUGUCUCAUCUCACCUGUACGUCCACAAACCACGUGACGUACACUCAGGUGAGCGUCUGACACACAUUCUUGCUGUCACAAUAUAUCAAGAUUUGUUCUUAUGAACUUGUGGGAGGAGCAUCUGGAUCACUGCCACACUUCAGCAACCUAGUGUUGUUCACUUCCAUGAAGAAUCGGUCCAUCUGGGCCUGCAGACACAGCGGAAAAACCGGCCCCCGCGGCUUAGCGCUGGUGUUGUUUUCGACCUUUGAUUGUCAGUUAGAGGAACCGGAGCAGGAACAGAGGGAGGCGGAUCCGAGAGGAAAAUAGACCGCUGUGUUACAGGGGAGUGACCGUGAUGAUGGCGUCCCUCGGUAACACCGGCAGCGCCUCCAGCCCGAUGGUCAUGCUCGCCCCCAAAACCAAGACCAAAAAGAAACAUUUCGUCCAGCAGAAGGUGAAAGUGUUCCGGGCGAGCGACCCAAUGCUCAGCGUGUUCAUGUGGGGCGUUAAUCAUUCGAUAAAUGAUUUGAAUCAAGUUCCAGUGCCCGUCAUGCUUCUCCCUGACGACUUUAAGGCCAACACCAAAAUUAAAGUGAACAACCAUCUCUUCAACAAGGAGAAUCUUCCAGGCCAUUUUAAAUUUAAGGAGUACUGUCCACAAGUUUUCAGAAACCUCAGGGAGCGAUUUGGAAUUGAAGAUCUGGACUACCAGGUGUCUCUGGCCCGCAGUGCUCCCAUGAAAGGCGACGGACAGGGAGAAGGUCUUCUCUUCACGUCCUACGACCGUACGCUGAUAGUAAAGCAGAUCUCCAGUGAAGAAGUAGCUGAUAUGCAUAACAUUCUGUCCGAGUAUCACCAGCAUAUUGUGAAGUGUCAUGGCAGUACACUCCUCCCUCAGUUUCUGGGCAUGUACCGUGUUACGGUGGAGAGCGAGGACACGUACCUGAUCGUCAUGAGAAACAUGUUCAGCCACAGACUCGUCGUCCACAGGAAAUAUGAUUUGAAGGGUUCCCUGGUAGAUCGUGAGGCCAGUGACAAAGAGAAGGUGAAAGAGCUGCCGACUUUUAAAGACAUGGAUUUCAGAAAUAACAUGCAGAAGGUGUACGUGACAGAAGAGCAGAAAGAGAAGAUUAUGGAGAAACUAAACCGAGAUGUAGAGUUCCUGGUGAAGCUGAAGAUCAUGGACUACAGCCUGCUGUUAGGCAUCCACGACGUGGCACGCGGCGAGCGGGAGGAAGAGGAGGCCGAGGAGCCCUGCUGUGAAGAUGACACCGAUCCAGAAAACGGCCUCGCUCCGGCCGCGCAGGUGGGCUCGUACGGCACGUCGCCGGAGGGCAUUGCCGGUUACAUGAACUCCUUCAAACCCCUGGGACCUGGAGAAUUUGACCCUUACAUUGACGUAUACGCUGUCAAAAGCGCCCCAGGAGCGCCGCAGAGGGAGGUGUAUUUUAUGGGCCUCAUUGACGUGUUGACGCAGUAUGACACUAAGAAGAAAGCUGCCCACGCUGCAAAGACCGUUAAACAUGGCGCUGGUGCUGAAAUAUCUACGGUUCAUCCUGAGCAGUAUGCCAAACGAUUCCGUGAAUUCAUCUCCAACAUUUUUGCGUAACGCUUCAAGGUCACAUUUCACCCCAAAAUCAAAAGAAAAAAGUACUAAAUUAUAUUUUGCAUAAAGAAAUUAGGUCUGUUUUUAAGACCAUUAAGUUAUUUUUCAUUGUGACAUUAUUAUUUUUAUUAUAAUAAAACACAUUUGCCCCUGUUACUGUAAUAUGUUCAGAUGUGCUUUUUUUGGUUUUUUUUUUUUUUUUUUUUUUUUUUCCUGCAGAAAUACAGUAAUUGUUUUAACACACACACACAGAUUUUUUUUGUUGUUGUUGUUUUAGGAGCUUUUAAUCUCUUCUGUUUACAGAGCCUGUAUUUAUUUGAUCCCAAGUACAGCAAAAACAGCUGAAUUUUGAAAUAGUUUUACUUUUUAAAAUGACUAUUUUGAAUAUAUUUUAAAAUGUAAUUUAUUCCUGUGGUUUCAAAGCUGAGUUUUUAGCAUCAUUACUCCAGUCACAUGAUCCUUCAGAAAUCAUUGUAAUAUUCUGAUUUGCUGCUCAAAAAAUAUUAUUAUUAUUUUUAUUAUUGUUGAAAACCACUGAGUAGAAUUUUUUUUCAGGUUUCUUUGAAGAAUAGAAAGUUCAGAAGAACAACAUUUAUCUGAAAUAGAAAUCUUUUGUAAAAAGACUCUCAAAAUGCUUUAAAUAUUGAUGAUAAUAUUAUUAAUAAUGAUAAUAAUAAAUGUUUCCUUAACAGAAAAUCAGCAUAUUAGAAUGAUUUCUGAAGCAUCAUGUGACACUGGAGUAAUGAUGCAAAAAGUUAGCUUAAAAAAUUAGCAAAAUGUUGGGAAUAAAGUACAUUUUAAAAUGUAUUAAAUAAAAAGCUAACUUUAUUAUUUAUCUAUUUUAACAGUAAAAAUACAGCUUUUGCUGUAUUUUGAACCAAAUAAAUGGAGGCUUGGUGAGCAGAAAAGAAUUCUUCAAAAAAAAAAAAUUAAAAAUCUUUCUGUUCAAAAACACACAAACAAUAUUUAAUACAGUAAUACAGUAAUAUUUAAAAUAUUUUGAUGUUAGGUUAUAUUAUUAGCUUAUUAUAUAACAAAUUUAAGUAUUUCUUCAUUUUAGAUUUUUUUUUUUUUUUUGAAUACAAUUUUCAGUAUUUUGUGUAAUUCUCAUCAUAUAUAGCAUUAUGAUGAGAAUUUUGAGGGGAAAUGUGUUUUAUUCUAAAAAUAAAGUCUGAAUAAAAAAAGCUUAGUGCUUAAUAGGCUUAUUUUUUUUAAAGCAAAAUAUAAUUUUUUUUUUUUUUUUAAUUCUAGGGUGACAUGCACCGUUUUUCAUCUUCUUCACAGGUUUUUGUCAGAUUCACUCAACAUGUUUUUGCCAUCUCUAUCUGCUGCCAUCACAUAUAGGUUAUGUUUUUUUUAACACCUCUUGGCUGUGCUUCAUAUUUUCAUAACGUGAUAUUUAAGCAAGAUAUGUUGACAGGAACUUGACACACUACAGCUACGUUCAUUAAGUGUAGAUUCACAAAUGAGUAACACUAGAUUCACCUUGUGGCACAACCUGCAAACAUGGGAACAUUGCCUAAUCUGUUAAGGAGAUGUAACUCCGAACCUGUAGCAGUGACAUAAUAUGUUCAUAAUGUUUUCUCUCUUUUUCUUUGGACUUUGGCUUCCCAGAGAGAGAAACCUUCGCCUUAACCGCUUACAGAACCGAUUGUGGAGAAUAGCAGAAACUCAUGUUGUCCGAUGAUUUAAGUGCAUGCUAGCUUCACUUAAUAUAUGCACCACUAGAAUGUUGUAAGGAGGAUAACAAGAUACUUGUAUAAACAAAUACACAAAAUGACCAGCCGGUGACCCUAUGUGUACAGUAAGGGUCUAGAUUGAAGUAAUAUUAUGAAUUGAAUACUGACUGUUUAUAUGGAUGGAUGGAUGGAGCGCACACUCUUCUUUUCUCUUCUUUGAGCUAUUUUAUGCAGUUAGCCUUAAUGCAGAAAAGAGGAUUUUUGUAGUUUGUAGUAGAAAUAUUCUAGCAACACUGAGCUGAUUUAGUAUGAAAUGCCUUAUUGUUGCAUUUUAUUUAUUUUGCAAAUCAGUGUUUGGACCAAAUAUAUUUUUCAGAGAUUUCCAAAAACAUGGUUUCUGUUAUUUAUGCAUUUUAGCUUUGUACAAUGACAAUUGGCACAAUUCCAGUAUGUCCAUAAUAGUUGUACUUUAAAUGGUAUUUUCAGAGCUGUUUUAACACUUUAAGAUGUUGUUACAUUAAAACAAGUUGUUACAUUGUGUUCACAUAAUGCAUGUAACGACUGUAAUUACCAAUAAUGUGCAUUCCUAACUACAAUAAAAACAUUUUUUCUUACA